AUGGCAGGAGGAUACACCUGUGCUCAAUGCCUUCAGGUGCUCCGGCAAGGCGUCCGCGCCGCCGGUUCUCCAGCUCGUCUGCAGAGCCUGGCUCAUUCCCGCCGGCGAUGCACCGUCUCCCCGUCGUGGGCUCGCAGCUUCGGCUCCGAGCGCAGCAACAACCGCUCUCUGAGCCUCAAAGCUGCAGAACAGAGUAAUGGCGUGUCUACCAAAUCUGCCCAGCCUGCAAAGCCAUCCGCAUCGGCCUCCAAGCCCUUCUCCCAGCGCGCAGCUUCUACCUCCAUCGACUCGCAUGCCCUCCUGAAACCAAACAACCUCUUCCACUCCUUCUCGAACUCGCCCUCGUCCACUAUUCGCCAGCGCGCCGCCUUCAUCAAGCAGAAUGCCUUCUGCCCACACCCAAGUCACCAACAGACCCGUGCCCCAUCCUCCCCGCACGAUCCGGAAGCUCGCAAAACCGCCGUCGCCGACGAGACCAGCCAGCCGCCAGCUCACUCGCAUUUCGAGUGCCCCGACUGCGGCGUCCCGAUCUACUGCUCUGAGGGUCACUGGAUGGACGAUUUCGAGGCCCAUCUUGAAGUCUGUGACACGAUUCGCCAGAUCAAUGAGGAUGACCAUGACUUGAACUCUGGCCGGUUCUUCCCCGAGUUCUCGUACCCUGGUGUGCAGGAUGAUAACUUUGUGAUUAACAUGACCAAUUGGGAUACCUAUAUGUAUACCCGGGAAUUUGAGGCUAUCAAUUCGGAUCGCUCGAUGCGUCAGGUUACCCGCAUGCUCACGUAUCCGCAGACUAUUGCGAGCGUUCUGCAUGAGCUGAGCCCGUACAGUGUUCGGGGAAAGAACCGUUUGACGGCUGAGGGAUUGAAGAGUUUGAGCGCUCUCCGCUACUCCCUCCACCCGCCCAAGACCGGCGAAGACAUCGACGUCAAGGGUCUGCGCCUCAAGGCUCCUCCAGUCCGCAUCUUCAUCCUCGGUGCCCGCGCCGAGUCAUCCCUGCCACGCGAUGUCUGGCUCCAGCUCUCCUACAUGUUCCCCCGCGCCCUGCUGCACCUAGUCUUCAUCGGCCCCGAAGCCAUGGCCAACCGCGAUGCAGAGUUCCCUCUCCCCGAGCGCACACCCUCUAACCCCUUCGGCGGCAUCGUUGAGGACCGUCUCGGCGGCCAGAUGAAGAUCACCACUUACGUCGACUACUUCCACACCAUGUACGAGGCGCAGUACUUCCAGCCUUUCGACCCUUAUCUUGACUGCUUCAUGCUGUUCCACCCUGGUCUGGGCCACCCGGCCUCGUCACACGAGUGGGCCAAAACCCUCCCCCAACUGUUGGAGACUAAGGUGCCGAUUUUGUGCACGGGUUACACGCAGUGGGAUAUGGAGCGUGAUAUUAACUGGGUGCACGAGAAGUGUGCCGGUGAGUUCGAUAUCCUGCUCGAGCCUGGUGAGAAUGUCUUCCGCAGUCUGCGCUGGGAUCUGAAUGAUAUGGAUCCGCAUGAUGUGUCGUGCGGAAACUGGGGAGUGUGGGGUUUCCGUGGCAAGAGAUACGAGGCUACUUUCAAGGAGUAG